AUGACCAAGGUUUACCAAGGGAUUCACUACCUGGAGAAUGGUGGUAGCCACUUUGUACUACUAUCUGAAUACGCCCAAGCAAAGUCAUCUGAUUCCAUCGACUCUGGUGGCACCGAAGAGCCCACUGAUGCUGAAUUAGGGUAUGUAGCUUGCACUAUGCUGAUCCUGGCUGAGAGAUGGAGUUAUUUCGACAUGGAAUAUACACUACAGGAGCUCAAAAGGUCUCUAGGUGGCAAUUUGAUGUCAACCAAGCGCUUCCUUGAGAUAUACAAGACACACUGCCGUUAUCGGACAUUUAAAUACGUUCCUGGAUUGGCGUGUUGGGAUGCCUAUGCCAGUGUGCUGUUCCAAACGCUCAUUGCAGAAUACCACAAGUCUUAG